AUCGAAUUGAAGGUGGAUAGCAUACAAUAGAGUAGAAGAAAGAAGGAAUUGAAGAGAUAGAAAAUGGAAGGAGGGGUACGAAUGGCGAUGGAGAUGCUGCUGGUUCAGGCUAUCGCGACGGGCUUACAGCUUCUGUCGAAGGUCAUUUUGGGACAAGGAGCUUUUGUCUUUGCUCUCAUGACUUACCGUAACAUUGUUGCUGCUUUCUGUGUGGCCCCUUUCGCUUUCUUCCUCGAAAGGGAUAGUCUGAAGAAAUUGAGUUUUUCUGCUGUGAUAUGGAUCUUUUUUGUUGCAUUAUCCGGGAUCACUAUGGCUAUGGGAUUCUUUUACUUUGGUCUCCAAAACACAUCAGCAACUUAUGCUACCAAUUUUCUCAAUCUAAUUCCAAUAGUAACCUUCGUCUUCUCGAUAAUUACUCGUGUAGAGAAGUUGAGAUUGAAAACCAAGGCUGGAAAUAUUAUACUCAUAGGAAUAAUGUCGUGCCUUGCGGGAGCGUUGACAAUUACAUUGUACAAAGGCAAAACAUUUCAUCUAUCUACUAUCAACAUCAAUAAUCAUGCAAUUGCCCCUACUGUGAAACCAAAUUGGGGACUUGGAACUAUCUUUCUGGCGUGUAGUUGUAUAAGUUAUGGUUUCUGGUUCAUUAUUCAGGCAAAAUUGUUCAAGAUAUUUCCAUACAAAUAUUGUGCAACCACUCUAAUAUGCAUAUUUGCUACAUUUCAAAGCAUGGUAGUGGGUUUAUUUAUUGAUAGAACAAAAGCCUCCUGGAAAUUGGGAUGGAAUUUGCAACUAGUUACUAUACUCUAUUCGGGUGCAUUAGCUACGGCAGCAACAUUUUGCUUAAUCUCAUCAGCAGUAGCUCAAAGAGGUCCAACUUAUCCUUCCAUUUUCAAUCCGCUCUCUUUAAUAUUGGUAGCCAUUGCAGAGUCCGCUUUACUUGGUUCCUCCAUUUCAGUGGGAAGCUUGAUUGGUAUGACAUUAAUCAUUGUGGGAUUGUAUUUAUUCCUAUGGGGGAAGAACUUAGAGAUCAAAAGCCUAAUUAUUUCAAAUAUGAGGAAAACUGAAGCUCAAGUAACGGCCGUUGGUACUAAUUCAUUGCAAUCAACGGCUGUUGUGGUUCCAACAUCUUCCCCAAAUGAGAGGCACAUUCAUAUUGACUUUGCCGAUGAAGAAGAGGAAAUGACAAAACCUAAGUAGAAAAUGAGGGUAUUUUUCUAUUUAUUAGUUGGGGAAUUGAAACUAAUUCCGGCAGGACCUUCUCAUGCACCAAUAUUGCAGAUCAAAUUAAUUUUUUAGUUGUAGCUGAAAAUGUAACAUAUCUUUUAAUUUUUUAUGUAAUUCAAAUGUAAAACUAAUUAAUUUUUAGAUAUCAUUUGCUUCAUUAUUUUAUAUUUACACCAUGAUCUUAGAUACAGUUGGAACAAGCUAGGAGCAAUUUUAUGUUGUAAACGUGAGGGUGUAAAUGAUUUGAGUCGAUAACAAUUCUAUUUUAUAAAUUUAAACUUCAAUAAAAAAAAGUUAACUAUC